AUGAAUAUGUUGGAUGAUGAAGAUGACCAAAGCUUUCACGCUACGCGUGACGGCUACUCCCAUUUGAGCGAUGUCGAAUGGGAUGCGGUUGAACGAAUGGGUUCGACCAUGGGCAUCCAUGCUGUUAGCGUCAUUCUAGAGGCUCUCAAUAGAGAUGCCCAACAUGCUACUAUCGCCAAGUUCAUUCAAAAUGAACUUGACGCAGAACGCGAGAAAGUAGCCUUGCUUCACCAACAAGGUUCUCAACAAGCAGAGUUGUUGAGAGAACAGGGUGCUCAACAGUUUGAACUGUUGAGACAGCAGCAGGCUGCUGCUGGUGGGUCGAUGCACUCGCGUCGACCCGAGACCUUGAAGAUUGACAUCUCCAGCUAUAGGGGAGUCGAAGAGGACUCCCUCUUGAGAUGGCUCGUCGAAUUAGACGACACCAUAAGGACGCGUCGCAUCGACGAUGGGGAAAUGCAAGUUGCAUUUGCCCAGUCAAAUCUGGCAGGACGUGCCAAGACAAGGGCACUGGGGAUUAAGUUGCACGACCCAUAUGCGUUUGGGUCGUUGUAA